AUGGGUUCAAGUAUUCAUCGGUCCGAGGGCUUUCCUCAUGCGACAAAAUCAAAGCUUGACAUCGUAAUCAUAGGAGCCUCUCUGGGCGGGCUUGCAGCUGCGCUUGCUGUAAAACGUCUUCCAUCACCGCAUGCCCACUCGAUCACGCUGCUAGAGCGCAAUCCCAAACCGGUGCUCGACAACCAAGGAGCCGGCAUCGUUGCAGGAGGGGACACACUUGCUUUCUUCGAGAAGUAUGAUCGAUGCGGGCGCAAGCUGGCCGUGUCCAGUGUGCGCAGGCAAUAUCUGGACAAGAAUGGCAACAUUGUGCACAAGGAAGACAUGAAGCAGAACAUGACGAGCUGGGAUCUGGCCUACUACAUGCUGCGCGCGAAUGUUGAUGGCCUGGAGAGCGCAUAUUGCAAAGUACCGGAAACCGACGUCGGUAAGGGUCAAGUCAAGCACUUGCACGGGCACAGGUUCACGGGCUUGUGGGAACAGGAGAGCAACCAGGGCAGACUCGUUGUAGAGUACACGACCAGCGAUAAAAUCAAAGGAUCCAUGGAAGCGGACCUUGUCAUUGGCGCUGAUGGGCCUAGCUCCACGAUCCGCGAUAUCUUUGCCCCAUACGUUGAGCGCAAGUACGCAGGAUACGUGGCUCUGCGAGGCACCGUCCGAGAAGACCGUGUGACGCCGAAGACCCUGGAGGCAUUCAAGGAGCGUUUCACCUUCUUCCACUGCCCCGGUGUCCAAGUCCUAGCGUACCUUAUUCCUGGCGAAAAUGGGACACUGGAGCCUGGGAAGCGGUUCAUCAAUUUUGUAUACUACAAGAACACAAGGCCGAGAAGCCUGGCAGACAAGUCGGCAGAGUUUCGCGAGCUGAUGACGGAUGUGGAUGGCAAGUACCACCGCAUUACACUGCCACCAGGCAAGAUCAACCCAAAAGCAUGGAAGAAGCAGUGCGACAUUGCCCGAGAGAUACUUCCGCCUCAGUUUGCAGAGCUCGUGUGCUCGACAGAGAAGCCCUUUGUGCAAGCCAUUACCGAUGUCAUCUCUCCAACCAACGAGUUCCUCGACGGUCGCGUCAUCUUAAUCGGUGACGCGCUUGCUGGCUUCCGUCCGCAUACCGUUGCCAGUACCAGUCAGGCAUGCUUCGACGCCAUGGUCCUUGCGGACAUGAUUGAGGGAACGGUCGGAAGGCGGGAGUGGAAGAAGGAGACGCUUGGGUAUGCAAGGACGAUCCAGGCUCGAGGUGUGAGCAUGGGCGAAAGAAGCCAGCAUGAGGAUCUGCCGUUGAGCGAGCACAUCCAGGACCGUAAUCUGGCAAGCAGACCGAGACAGGAUGAAACCUGGCCUCACUGGGCUAUCGCUGAUCUGGACUGA